AUGACACCCCUGCCCUGCAGAGUGUGCUGGAGAGUGACACUGUGCGAAAAGACCUCCUGCAGCGGGAGCGGGAGCUCAGUGCCCAGAUUGCUGCUGGCAGGUGAAAGCACUUGGGCUGAAGGCUCAGAAGCUGCACAGCUGGCAGAAAUCUAUGCCAAAUUAGAAGAAAUUGAGGCUGACAAGGCACCUGCCAGGGCUUCGGUCAUUCUUGCUGGACUGGGCUUUACCCCUAAAAUGCAGCAGCAGCCCACCCGGGAGUUCUCAGGUGGCUGGAGGAUGAGACUGGCCCUUGCCCGGGCCCUGUUUGCUAGGCCAGACCUUCUGCUGUUAGAUGAACCCACAAACAUGCUGGAUGUAAGGGCCAUCUUAUGGCUGGAGAAUUACUUGCAGACAUGGCCCUCCACAAUUCUGGUUGUCUCCCACGACCGAAACUUCCUGAAUGCCAUAGCCACAGACAUCAUCCAUCUGCAUAGCCAGCGGCUAGAUGGUUACCGGGGAGAUUUUGAGACCUUUAUCAAGAGCAAGCAGGAGCGUCUACUGAACCAGCAGCGUGAAUAUGAGGCACAGCAGCAGUAUCGCCAGCACAUCCAGGUUUUCAUUGACCGGUUUCGCUACAAUGCCAACAGAGCCUCUCAAGUGCAGAGUAAACUCAAGAUGCUGGAGAAGCUGCCAGAGCUGAAACCUGUGGACAAGGAGUUGGAAGUAGUGAUGAAGUUCCCUGAUGGGUUUGAGAAGUUUUCACCACCAAUUUUACAACUUGAUGAGGUGGAUUUCUACUAUGAACCUAAACACAUCAUCUUCAGCCGUCUCUCCGUCUCUGCUGAUCUUGAGUCCCGCAUCUGUGUGGUUGGGGAAAAUGGGGCUGGGAAGUCGACCAUGCUGAAGCUGCUUAUGGGGGACCUAACACCUAUUCGGGGUAUCAGACACGCUCACAGGAAUCUGAAGAUUGGCUAUUUCAGCCAACACCAUGUGGAACAGCUGGACCUGAAUGUCAGUGCUGUGGAACUGCUGUCACGCAAGUUUCCUGGACGGCCUGAGGAGGAGUACCGUCACCAGCUGGGCCGGUAUGGCAUCUCUGGAGAACUGGCUAUGCGCCCUGUUGCCAGCUUGUCUGGGGGCCAGAAGAGCCGGGUAGCCUUUGCUCAGAUGACCAUGCUCUGCCCCAACUUCUACAUUCUGGAUGAACCCACAAACCACCUGGAUAUGGAGACAAUUGAGGCUCUGGGCCGCGCUCUCAACAGUUUCAGGGGUGGCGUGAUUCUGGUGUCCCACAAUGAGCGCUUCAUCAGACUGGUGUGCCGGGAGUUGUGGGUGUGCGAAGGAGGUGGCGUCACCCGGGUCGAGGGGGGCUUUGACCAAUACCGUGCCCUUCUCCAGGAACAGUUCCGCCGUGAGGGCUUUCUCUAGGCCCAAUAGGCUGAGGACUGCCCAGGACAUGGACUGGUCUCUCAGACCCCUGGGCCACCAUGUAGGCAACCAUCUCUUGGCCAUGGACCUCCCCUGACUUGGGGAACAGCCUUAUCCCCAAAUCUCUCCUUUUGACUGGAGCAUUCUCUGCACAAUCCAGGGAGCCCCAUCUAAGGGUCUGUGAGGACUGGUCUUCUAAGUGGAAGGGGUGGGGGGUGCCCUCUGGGGUUAUAGAUUCCCCACUGCCCCAGGUCUGACUGGGCCCCAAGUGGCUGCUGUGUAAAUUAAAUCUUCCUGCCUCGUCUCUGCUGUUCCCUGGUUGGGCUGCGGUGUGUUAAGGGGUGUGGGCUCUCUGAUUUGACAUUUUCCUAUGACACUUGUAUCAGUCACAAGGAAGAAGUUGUAUCACCAGCCUUGUUCCUGGAAGGAGACAUCAGUAAGCCGCUGGGGCUGGGAGGUCACCUGCCUGACCUUGCAAUGGGCUGUGUUGUUGGAAUGAAAGGCAGUGUGUUACAUUGCUGUGGUGCCGGUCCCAAUAGUAUGGGCUCAGCCCCAGCUGAAAGGGUCUUGGAUUCUGCCAUCCCAGCCUCACUGCUUGGUAGAGUAAACUGAAUCUGUAAUCCUGUGGCUUUACACAUGGUUUGUCAACUGCUUUCUCCUGUGGUCUCUGGCCCAGGUUCACCCUAUAUCUCUGAUACAGACCUUCAGAAGGGGAUGAAGAGAAAUUGUCUUUGUCAGUGUUUUGCAUGAGUGGUUUCAUUUAUUUGUCCUCUAACCAUGGAGGAGUGGCUAGGAAGUAAGGAAUUGAAAAUGUGGUCCAAUGGGAAGAAAUAGAGCACUUUCUUUUUCAAAUUAAGCAGUCUUUAAGGGAGAGUGUUUAACAGAUAAUUUAUAAAUAUUGUUUUUUGAGGGCUAGCUGCUAUAUGAAAUUGCUAUGCAGAAAACACUAACACAGAGGCAUUGUUUUGCUCUUGGUAGUGGAGAAACCAGUCAGCAGAAGGAACUUGCUGGCUUCUUAGAGAACUAUAGUCACAAAGCUCAGCCAAGGAAUUUUAACUCAGCUGCUAAGAAUAUUAUGGUAUAGGUAGCUGGGAGAGAGUGACGUGUUUUGGAGUAAAGGAAAGUAAAGGCAGGAAGGCUCUUGCUUUGCCCGCAGAACAAGCAGUGUUGGAUGGAUGAAGCCAGCAGUAGAGCCACUAAUCGGCCUGCCUCCUCAGCCUCCCUCACUCCCUUUCAGCAGCCCAGAGGAAAUGUUCUUCCAGCUGUGUCUGUGGCUGUGCAUUUUCACACUCUGAAGAGCCUUCUCACAGUCUCCAUUACUUUCUGCCAACCCCAGCCCUGCAGAUGGGCCAGCUGGGGGCCAUCUGGUAUGUAAUAUGUGUUUACCUGUUUGCCAGGCUCUCAGCCCCUUCACACUUCACAAGCUUGUGAAUCUUCAUAUGAGUUCUCCCAACUCCUUAGAGUUGGUGGGAGUACAACUAAAGGGUUCUGUGACACAGAAUCUGCUUCUUUUAGAGGUAGGUGACUUGGUACAAAGCUUUGGAGGUGGGUCUAAGAUCAAGUCCCAGUGUCAUUACUGGUGACGGGGGAGGGGGGGUCACCAGAGUAAGAAAUAUUAGCUGAGUAGGAAAUCACUUAACCUUUUUGAACACCUCUUGCUUGAUUUCUUUGUAGGAUUGUGUUGAGGAUUAGCUGACAAGCACAUAAUACGAAGCACUCACAAAGUGAGUCUUGUGUGACCGGGCUAUGAUUUGAAGGAGUGUGGUGGGAAAAGUGAGUUCCCAGUCUCUGUGACUGUUCGGCUCUUCCAGGCUCUAGAGAGAGGAUCUCUUUCAGCUUGGCUUCCUAUUUCAUGAUUCUAUGAACAACAUGGGAAGAGUCUGUAUAUAGACCUACACUGCAGGCGUUCAGAAAAUUGGGAUGAAUGAAUUGUAGCAGCUGAGAAAGACUAUAAUAAGUAUAGGGGGAAUUAUUGGAGGUUAGAGGAAGGGAGUUGUCAGAAAAUAAUUGUCUUGAGAGAACAUUCAGACAAUGUCAGCUCCGUUCCAGAAAGCACAGGGCAGAGAGGAGAGGAAUCUGACAUGGGAGGUUCGGAAGCCACCCUUGUUCACUACAGACUGCUCAUUGCAGCAGCCACACCUUUUGUGCUGUGGAGGGCCUAUCUGACCCCAGCCAUUGGGAAGCUGGUCCUUCCACAGCUGCAGAUGCUGAAGCUGCCUUGCUGUCACCAGGCCUUAAAGCCGAGGAGCCAGCCAGGUUGAAAGUCCUUGGUUCACAGGAUCUGCAUUGACUUCCUGGCCUCCCUGACCUGCUGGCCUUCUCAGGCACCCUGGCUGGUCUCGCAGUGGGAGACAGUGUAGAGGCGUUAUGGGUCCUUUAGUACCAGAUUACAAGGCACUCAAAGAUGCCACUCAGAAUGGUUGGUCUCAGUGUGCUAUUACUAUCUAGAGAUUUAUUGGCCAUAGCCAAAAUUUUGCAGAGUUCUUACUGGUUUGCAGGCAAAUUUAGCAUAAAAUAGGAGAGAUGCCUUUUACCCUUGCUGCCCAUGCCCCAGGCUAGUUUGUCAUUUUUUUUUUCUAAGAUUUUGUUUAUUUUUAGAGAGGGGAAGGGCGGGAGAAAGGGAGAGAAACAUCAGUGUAUGGUUGUCUCUUGUGAGCCCCCAAAUAGGGAUCUGGUCCCACAACCCAGGCAUGUACUCUGACUGGGAAUUAAACCAGCAACCCCUUGGUUCACAGUCUGGCAUUCAAUCCACUGAGCCACACCAGCCAGGGUGUAGUUGUCAUUUUAGAAUGUAGCAUUCUAGUAAAAGCCAUUCCCUAGGUCCGGGUCUAGCCCACCUACAGAUACAAACCAAAAAUAGCCUGGUCAGCAUCAACAGCUCCCUGUUCUGCACCAGCCUCAAAGGGGCCUACCAGGCUGGGUUCACAGCCUGGCUGAAGGGCCUCUACGGGUCCCUGAAUCAGGAGUGAUGGACUCCCCUCAACCCCACCCCCCUCCAGAUAGACUUCGUUGUACCUUGUGCUUCCCCCAUUAUGAGCUGCUUGCCAUUAUUAAAGUUGUAGAUCCCACUUUGCCUUGAUGGCCUAUAACGCCAGACAUGGCUUACUCACCUGUGUGUCUUCUGUGCCUGCCACAGGUGAAGAGAUCAGCAUGCAAGGUGUUUAUUGGAGCUGCUCCUGGGACCAACACCAGGAUUGAGCAGAGGGAGAAGUUUAACAGCCAUGAAGGCCUCCAUCAGCCCCACAUUCUGGAGCUGAGUAGCCCUGCAGAGUUGUCCUGAGGCAAUGGCUCAGGCAGGCCCUUGUGUUGCUGAGUUGAUCAGUCUUUGAAUACCGGCUGCUACCAGAAGGAGAUGUGAAGUUGAGAGGACAUUUUCAGUGGAGGCCAUUUCCCCGAAGGGGCUAGCAGCUGAAAAUUUUCUGCCAUCAGCACUCUCAGGAGCUAGGGCAGCAGGUCCUUCACUCCUGAAAGAAGGCGGUCUGGGCAGCUCGUGACAGCAUCUACUAGAGUGCCUAGCAUGUAGACAGGUGCUCAAUAAAAAUGCUUGAGAAAUAAGUGUUUUGGGGAAAUAAUUUGAGGAAAAGUGAAGAAUGAUAUUGGAGAGAGCAAGAGAUAAGGCCAUAACCAAAAUGCAGUCCUAAAGGGCAUGGGGUCCACAUGGUGCAGGUGGAGACGAGGGAGGGCUCGGCAAGGAGUGGUCCAGGGAAGAACUCCUUUUUCUGGGCCUUUUUUGUUGUUAGGCCUCUCCUCAUUUCCUUUCAUGACAGUACUAAGGAAAUAAUGACAGUAAAUAUUUAUUGAGCUCUUAUUGUGUAGUAGGCACAAUAAGAAGUAAGUCCUUUAUCUGCACUAACUCAGUCAAUCUUCACAACCCUAUUCUCACUUUAUAGAUGAAAAAACAGUAAGUUGACAUAGCAGGUGGCAGGACUAGGACUCAGGCCAGUCUGGUUCUGGAGUGCAGCUCUUAACUCCUGCUGUACUACCUGCUGCUCUGUACUAACUCCUACUGUGAUCUGCUCAAUAGUUGGAGUUUGUCCAUUCCAUCUCUUAAAACUCAUCAUCCCAUGGGGCAUGGGUGGGAGGUAGGGGGUUUGGACAGGAUUCUGUCAGGGGAGCAAGCUGAUGAGUAGGAGUACCUGGCAUAGGCUGACACACUGGGCGCUCAGUGAAGCUGUUUGUUAAAUUAAUGACUAAAAACACGUGGUAUAGUGGAAAAGUCAUGUGGUGGCAUUAGCCCAGCUCUUCCACUAAUGGCAUCUUGGGCAAGUCAACCUCUCCCAAGUAAAUUAUCCUUACCCAUAAAGUGGGUAUAACACAAUUCGUCUUGCCUGCUGCUUUCGGUAGUUGGGAGGGUUAAAUGAGACAAAGCCCCGUGUAAGCUAAAUAAAAUCUUAUGUAAACUGUAAAGAGCUGUAGAUCCAAAGGGUGUCAUUUCAUGGAGUGAUAGAGCAGCAGCCUGGGGCCUUCUCUGAAGACACACGCAUUUGCACAUGUGCACACAGAUAUUCCAGGCUGUCAUCAAGAUGAUGCCCCAGGAGGACCACCCACAGCCCGCAUCUGCAGAGCCAGGCAUCAGGAAGUGUACGUGCAGGAACACAGUGUGAGACGCCUGGCACCUGCUGAGUUGCAUGGGGUAAGGCAGAAAUCAUGCAAUUUAAGCCCAUUCUAAUAAUAUGUAUAGGUCAUGCCCUGUCAGUAAUUCUAGGUUUCUCUUUUCUUUAUGUUAAAUAAAUGGGUGGUUUGAAAGUGAUUUCUGCUUUACUGCAUAUAGAGAGGUCUUUGAAACCCUAAAUUAGAAUAAAUAUUUGUCAACCCAUGCUACAGCAUUUUUAACACAGGAAUCUUUCUCAAAUGUUCACUUUUGGUCGUGUCUUCCCCAUAGUCUGGUGUUAAGAUGUUCCUGAUGAAUUAUUCUCAUUUUACAGAACUGGAGCUUGAGGCAGAAUGGUAGUAGGUGUCUUGCUUAGGUUCAGAUAACUCUGCCUGCAGAGAGGGGACAAGAACCAAGGUAUCUGGGUCCCCAGGCUUCUCACACCUCUCCAGAUCACUGUUCCCAACUUUGUUCCACAUUUAUUCAUACAGUGGGUGACAUUCUCAUGUCACACAUGGCCAUGAGUACGCUCAGGGUCAUGUUACUGUCUGUCCUUUUAGGGAAGUACUUUGAACCUGGAAUGAGGAAAUGACUGAAUCUGAUUUAACUUGUUUUUAGCUUGUAAAUUAGGGAGCCAACUGUGGAGUCAGAAAGAAAGAAAUUUGAGUCUGAAUUCUGUUAGGUAGUAUCUGUGUGAUAUUAGAGGCAAAUUAAGCCUCUUAAUGCCUCAGUGUCCAGGUCUGUAAAAUGAGAAUAAUAAUGGUCCUUACACUGUAAGGUUAUGGUGAAUAUUAAACAAGAUAAUACAAACAAAACCCAGUAUGCUUCCUAGUAGUUCCAUAAAUGUUAACCAUUUCAAUGAUUAUUAGUAUUCAUUGCAACCCUCACUGUUUUAUUAAUUUUUAGUGAGACAUAGUUUGAUUCCCUGUGGCUAAAAACUAACGUAUUUAGUCACGAUGCUUCUGCCAAAAUGACAGGUGCCAACACCUUUUUAAAGUCUGCCUGAUCCAAGUUGCCUAAAGGAGGGACAUGUCAAUCCACAGUGCCCAUCCCAGCACUGCCCAGAAGGGUAGCCUGGAGGCUGCUUCAAACCCCAGAGUUUCUAAUUAGAGGCUUUCCUGUAGAAAUGAAUGGGUCAAGCAGGCAUUUAGAGUGUGGUCCGCUCAAAGUUCUAAUCGUGGCACUAAUCUCCUUGUUUUGAUUCCAUGUUCAUGAAGCGAUCCCUUUAGGGUCUCCCCUGGAGGUGGCCUAUUAGGGAAAAUAUGGCCAAAGCCUGAACCCUGGGCCUGGACAGGGCUAGCCACCCUGCCUGGCCCCACCACUUACUAGCUCAGUGUCCUGGACCUAGUUCUAUAAUGUCUUAAAAGUACAAUUUCCCUCUGGAUAAGAUGGGAUGCUAAUUUGCAUAAGGUUAUUGAAAGGAUUAAGAGAUACACAGGGAUGGGAGGAAUGCCUGCCAAGGAAGGUGAGUUCCUGUUAAAAACCCUAAUGUUCUGCAAGGGGGAGGGCGGGGAGCAGUCAGGGGUAUCUGGCUUUCUCAAACGUGGUGGGAAGAUGAGAUAUCGUGGGGUAGAGAAGGUAAGAGAAAAGAUGCGUGUGUCCUGAGUUUGGAACACCUCAGCGAAGGAGGUAAGGGACCAGUGCCAGUUUCCCAAAGGUGGGGUGUCUAAAGGACAUUUAAGAAUGGUGGCAGUCUAUUCUUUGAUUUGAAGUUAUUUGCAUUUCUGAGGUGCAAAACCCUCUUCCAGUUACAGUAUCUCAAAUCUUUAAUAAAGUCACAUACUAGUGAUUUAUGUUGCUUUUAUUUCUGCUUUUUGAGAUCAAGGAAGGGGCUGGAUCAGUGCAGUGUAGGACAGAUGAAAUAAGGAAGCAGGAGUUUUGAGCCAGAGGGCAUCCCUUGGCUGACUUGAUCAUAAGAAUGAAAAAAAUGCCCAACUGCUGUGAACUUGCAGAAAACUUAAAACUAAGGCUUUAAUACUAACAAGUACAUGACUUUACCUGUAUUUUCAGACUUAUUUGGACUCUAGUGUGAUCGCUGCACUUUUUGUUAUUCAGAUUAACUUGGACCUAUUGCUUUAAGUUUAGAACCACUUUACCUGAUAAAGUGUCUCAAGGUUAAUGAAAAACAUAAUAGACAUAUUACAUGAAAAAUAAUGUAUUGCUAAAUAUGUUUACGUUAUGCUUCUCACUCUCAUGGUUUAGGCUAGGCUAAAGAUACACAUUUAGGCAACAUAGCUCCAUUCAUUUGUAAAGUUCUGAGGGCUCAUCUGCUGGUUGCUGGCAGGAGGCCUCAGUUCCUCACCAUGUGAACCUCCCCCAGAGUUUCUUGAGUGUGCUCACGGCAUGGUGCCCAGCUUCCUCAGAGCAGGUCAUCCAAAAAAGCCACGUGCCUUUUGUGACCUAGUCUUAUAAAGCCCCCUGCUCCUAUCACUCCCACCACAUUCUGUUGUUAAGAAGCAACUCAAAUAGCCCACACUCAAGGGCAGGGCAGUUGGGCUCCACUUUUUCAGAGGACAGUAUUAAGGAAUUUGUGGUCUUACUUUACAACCACUACAAUUGACAUUGUGGUUUAAAGUUCAGGCUUGGUGAAAACUGAGAUAUAUAGAUAUAUAGAUACAUAUAUUCUCCAUAUCAACUGUCCGUGUGUAUGUGUGCCUUUAUUCACAGAUUCAGUAUGUAUAAUUGCAUUUUAUAGCUGUGGUACCCUUGCUGUUUUGUAUUUGCCUUCAAACUUAGCAUAUUUAUUUCAAAAACUUGCUUUUUUGUAAUUGUUAUUAUGGUUUUCAUUCUUAAAAAUCUGUAUGAGCCCUGGCUAGUGUGGCUCUGGAUUGAGCACCGGCCUGUGAACCAGGGGGUCAUUGGUUUGAUUCCCAGUCAGGGCAUAUGCCUGGGUUGCUGGCCAGCUCCCUGGUUGGAGGUGUAUGAGAAGCAGCCAAUUGAUACUCCUCUCUUACAUUGAUGUUUCUCUCCCUGUCUUACUCUCUCCCUUCCUUUCUCUCUGAAAAUACUUUAAAAAAUUUGUAUGAGUACAUGUACCAUAGCUUGUUUAAACAUCCUAUUUUUAGCCAUUUGGGUUGCUUCUGAAUUUUUACUAUUAUGAAUAAAUGCUACAAUGAACAUGUGCAUUCACAUUAUCUAAGUUUUCAGUUAGUAACAUAGGAAUUGGAAUAUUUAUACCAAAGAGCUGUAAUAAUCAAAUGGGAUAAUGUGUAUAAAGCACCUGAUAUAGAGAUUUUCAUACAAUAGAUACAAAAUAAAUGGUGGCCCCUAUGUUAUCAGAACGUAA